CAGACUGCUCAGCUCUACUGUGCAGAACCCGCUCCUCCAUCCUACCUGUUCCUCAGUCCAGCAGUGUCCUGCUUCCAUCGGCCAUCUUCUCUCCCCGGCGCCGGCAUCUUCAGUGUGAUCACCCGGCAGCUUGCGGCUUCAAGCAGGGUCUGCAGUCUCUGGUCAUCUCCUGUACUGUGUCCGCAGUCUCUGGUCAUCUCCUGUACUGUGUCCGCAGUCUCUGGUCACCUCCUGUACUGUGUCCGCAGUCUCUGGUCAUCUCCUGUACUGUGUCCGCAGUCUCUGGUCAUCUCCUGUACUAUAGUGCGCAGCAUUUAUAUGGUUUAUAUCUCCUGUACUAUGUCCACAGUCCCUGGUCAUCCCCUGUACUGUGCCCGCAGUCUCUGGUCAUCUCCUGUACUAAGUCCACAGUCUCUGGUCAUCUCCUGUACUAUGUCCGCAGUCUCUGGUCAUCAUCUCCUGUACUAUGUCCGCAGUCUCUGGUCAUCAUCUCCUGUACUGUGUCCGCAGUCUCUGGUCAUCAUCUCCUGUACUGUGUCCGCAGUCUCUAGUCAUCAUCUCCUGUACUGUGUCCGCAGUCUCUGGUCAUCAUCUCCUCUACUGUGUCCGCAGUCUCUGGUCAUCUCCUCUACUGUGUCCGCAGUCUCUGGUCAUCUCCUCUACUGUGUCCGCAGUCUCUGGUCAUCUCCU